AUGUCGUCUCAAGGUUCAGUUCGAAAACGAAAAGGUGGUUCAGUUCCACCUCAAGGAAAAGACAAAGAUGCCUCUGUUGUUGCAGCUCCUCAUCCUGAGCUCGAUGCUCUGGUGAAAGAUAUACAGACCAAAACCGGACCAGAAUGGGAUUACAGGAUUGCAUUGUUUAUCAUCACGGUUCUGGCAUUUGUCACAAGAUUUUGGGGAAUCAGCCAUCCAAAUGAGGUGGUGUUUGACGAAGUCCAUUUCGGCAAGUUUGCUUCAUAUUACCUUGAACGAACCUACUUCUUCGAUGUUCAUCCUCCUUUCGGAAAGCUUCUUUUCGCCUUGAUGGGUUGGUUUGUCGGAUAUGAUGGGCAUUUCCAUUUCGAAAACAUUGGGGACUCGUACAUCGAUAACAAGGUGCCAUAUGUGGCUUUCCGCGCUAUGCCCGCUCUCCUCGGAGCUUUAACAGUCCCAACUGUCUUCGCUAUCAUGUGGGAAUCUGGUUAUACUCUACCUGCCUGCGUCCUCUCCGCUUCAUUGGUACUAUUCGACAACGCCCACAUCGGCCAAACCCGCUUGAUCUUAUUGGAUGCCACUCUUGUUCUUGCAAUGGCAUGCAGUCUCCUCUGUUAUAUCAAGUUUUACAAACUCCGACAUGUCCCAUUUUCGAGAAAGUGGUGGAAGUGGCUCCUUUUGACAGGAUUCGCUUUAAGUUGCGACAUCUCCACCAAGUACGUUGGCACGUUCGCAUUUGUUACAAUUGGUUCCGCAGUCGCAAUUGAUCUCUGGAGUUUGUUGGACAUCAAUCGUCGCCAGGGUUCUUUGAGCUUACCAGAAUUUGGCAAGCAUUUCGCAGCUCGUGCUGUUGCCCUCAUCAUUGUACCGUUCCUCUUCUACUUGUUUUGGUUCCAGGUACAUUUCGCAAUCUUGACCAAAUCUGGUCCUGGUGAUGAUUUCAUGUCCCCUGAAUUCCAAGAGACGCUUAGCGACAAUGCCAUGACCGCAAAUGCCGUUAACAUUAAUUAUUUUGACAACAUUCAAAUCAAGCACAAGGAAACACAUGGAUACUUACACAGCCAUCCCGAUACAUAUCCUCUGAGAUAUGAUGACGGUAGAGUCUCUAGUCAAGGUCAGCAAGUCACUGGCUACCCAUAUGCCGAUGCCAACAACCAUUGGCAAAUCAUCCCUGCAGGCACUUUUGAAGAGGUUGCUGGCCGCCCUGUUAGGAACGGCGAAGUUGUUAGAUUAAGACAUGUGGUCACAAACACAAUGCUCUUGUCACACGAUGUUGCUUCUCCAUACUACCCAACAAACCAAGAAUUUACCACUGUUUCCCUUGAAGAGGCUUUGGGCGAUCGCCUGAAUGAUACUUUAUUUGAACUACGAAUCGAAAAUGGGAAACCACGCCAAGACUUCAAGAGUCUUCAAGGACAAUUCAAGCUCAUCCAUUGGCCAAGUAAGGUCGCUAUGUGGACACACACAACACCUCUGCCAGAUUGGGGCUACAAACAACAAGAAAUUAACGGAAAUAAGAAUUUGGCUCAAAGUUCGAACAUCUGGUAUGUGGAUGAGAUCCCAUCCAUUCCUAAGGACUCUCCACGUUUGAUCAAGGAGGAACGCAAGGUUAAGAGUGUACCAUUCUUGAAGAAAUGGUUCGAGCUACAACGAGCUAUGUUCUAUCACAACAAUGCUUUGACUAGCAGCCAUCCAUAUGCUAGUGAACCUUUUGUUUGGCCAUUUCUUUUGAGAGGUGUUAGUUUCUGGACCCAGAAUGACACCAGACAACAAAUCUACUUCCUAGGAAACCCACUUGGAUGGUGGUUGGCAAGUAGUUUACUUGCAGUUUAUGCCGGAAUCUGGGCUGCUGAUCAAUUGUCCUUGCGCCGUGGUGUCGAUGCACUGGAUAACCGUACCCGAUCCCGCCUAUAUAAUUCCACCGGUUUCUUCUUCCUUGCCUGGGCAACACAUUACCUACCAUUUUAUCUGAUGGGUCGUCAAUUGUUCUUGCAUCAUUAUUUACCUGCCCACUUGGCAUCAUGCCUGAUCACCGGAGCAUUGCUCGAGUUCAUUUUCAACGUGGAGCCUGUCUUGGACGAUAUUCCAUCGGGAGCUGCGAAGAAGGCAGGUGCAGUCAAGAAGCACCUCCCAGCUCGCGAAAAGCUCGCCGGACAAAACUUAAUGAUGUCCUGGGCUGCAGUUGUAGUCAUUCUCUCCGUUGUACUUUUCGGGUGGUAUUACUUCUUACCAUUGACGUAUGGCUAUCCAGGCCUCAGCGUUCCCGAAGUUAAUGCAAGGAAAUGGCUAGGAUACGAUCUUCAUUUCGCCAAAUAA